GAAUUACUUUUACGAUUCUGUCCUUUACCUCCACUCUUAGGUUCACCGCUAUCUGAUAGCUGGCUUUGGUACCAUCCUCGAAGAAAUGUUUUCAAGAAUAUCCCGCAGUGCUACACAAGCAACAGUCAGAAACACCGUCAAGAGAACUGCAGUAUCUGCUCGCAGAACCUUCGUUCAGCCUUCAGGUGCAGAUAGGGCUAGUAUCGUAGACGUCCCUUCUUCAUACGAUGAUGGUCACUUUGCACCAAGCCCAGACAUGCUUGGAUUCAAGUUGGAGGUACCAAAUCGUGAGAAUACGUUGACGCAAAAGACUCGUCCCAUCUACCUGGACAUGCAGGCCACUACGCCUGUGGACCCUCGAGUUCUUGAUGCAAUGCUACCAUACCUUACCGAUCAGUACGGUAACCCUCAUAGCAGGACUCACGCUUAUGGCUGGGAGGCUGAGAAAGCCGUUGAGGAUGCUCGACAGCAUGUGGCUGAUCUCAUCGGUGCUGAACCAAAGGACAUUGUCUUCACUUCUGGAGCUACUGAAACCAAUAACAUGGCUAUCAAAGGAGUUGCGCGAUUUCACAAGGACAGGAAAAAGCAUGUCAUAACUACCCAAACGGAGCACAAAUGUGUCCUAGAUUCGUGCCGAAAGCUGGGUGAGGAAGGUUUCGACGUCACUUACCUUCCCGUAGAGCAGAAUGGCAUAAUAAGCCUUGAUGCUCUGGAGGCCGCUAUUCGACCGGAUACCUCACUGGUUUCCAUCAUGACGGUGAACAACGAGACCGGCGUCAUUCAGCCCAUGAAGGAAAUCGGUGAAAUAAUACGCAAACACCGUGGAGUCUAUUUUCAUACCGAUGCUGCGCAGGCGGUUGGAAAAAUCCCAGUAGACGUCAACGAAACGAACGUUGACCUGAUGAGUAUUUCGGGACACAAGCUGUACGGCCCUAAGGGUGUGGGUGCAGCCUAUGUGCGCCGGAGACCAAGAGUCCGAUUGGAACCUAUCUUGAGCGGUGGAGGUCAAGAGCGUGGUUUGCGAAGUGGGACUUUGCCUACGGCUCUUAUAGUUGGUAUCGGCGAGGCUGCGCGGUUGGCUAAGCAAGAGAUGGCGAGAGAUCAUGCUCGAAUCAAGCAGCUCUCAGAACGCCUUAUACAAAAUAUCAACUCCCAAGUUGAACAUGUUGUCCGGAAUGGAGAUAUUAGUGGUUAUCCUGGCUGUGUCAAUUUGAGCUUUGCGUACGUGGAAGGUGAAAGUUUGUUGAUGGCUUUGAAGGACAUUGCACUAUCGUCUGGUAGUGCGUGCACAUCCGCAUCCUUGGAGCCUUCAUAUGUCCUUCGUGCUUUGGGUGCUGCUGAGGACAUGGCUCAUUCGUCCUUACGUUUCGGAAUUGGCCGUUUCACCACAGAGGCGGAAAUUGAUUUUGUCGUGAAUCACAUUGUACGCGUUGUAACCAGGCUCCGUGAAAUGAGCCCGCUAUGGGAGAUGGUGCAGGAGGGAAUUGACAUCAAUUCGAUUAAUUGGUCGCAGCAUUAAUACAUACGAGGGCGUGUGAUUUUGUUUUGUCUGCUAUCUGCCAAAAGCAUUACUAUAUUAUAAGGGCUUUUUUUUUACAUGUAUGCUCUCUGUUCCUUUGCCCUUCUAUGUAACAAUAUAUUGCUGGAGGCACUGGUGGAGACAC